UUUUACUCCUUUUUGCUCCUUUAAAAAUUAUGAUUGGUUUUACUUUUAGGUUUGCAGCAUGAUGGUGGAAACUUAAUUUUUUCACGUUUCUCUCCAUUUCAAUGACAUUUGCUUCUUGCUAAAACAUUGAAUAGUAGAACUUGAUGAUUAUUAAGGCUGAUGUGGUUUUACUUUCUGGUUAAUAGUCACCUAAUCCGGUGAAGGUCUAUUGUCAUAGGCUGUUUUGAGUAACUCACAGAGUCUUGUAUUUUGUAGUUUUGUUGAGUAGAAUACUGACAAUUCCUAAGAGAAGAUUUCUAUACAGAAGUGUCUUGUCAAUUGUGUGCUCUCCUGUUGGCUACAUGCUGAAAUCCUAGCCCCUUAGACAACCCUGUCUCUUGCUUUGAAGACAGGUCUGGUAAAAAUAUGUAAAUGUCAGAAACAAGUGCAUUAGCCUCACUGGAAAUACUAUCCAUUUUCGUUAAUAUUCUAUUAGCAAUUGAUAACGUGUGCUUGAAAUUUUCCAAAAUCAUACGUGCUAACACUACAGCACCCAUUUUGCCUGUGAUUCUAUUUUCAGACCGUUUUGUGGAAGAGCUACCAUUUUAAUUUUACUUUACUUGAUCAAUAGGGAUUCUAGAGAGCUUGUAGAAGGUUACAUUAAGCAAAUUUGGGUUUCUUCUAUCCCUGUACUUUUUGUUAAAUUCUCCAACCUCUAAGGCUGAAAAAAUGUAUGCAGUUGUGAAGUGAUAGACUUGUACAUGUUUAAGGAUAUGUGUCAAAGGCAUUUCAGAGACUCCUUAUAGAGAGAAAAGAAGAUCCACUUGAAACUCUGAAAUUUAGCGUCAAAGUAAAGUUAAAGCCAAGAAAGAAAUGUCAUGUCUGCAUGGGAUCUGACUGCCCAUGAGAUAUACACAGAAUUCUAGAGACAUCAGUUGAGGUACUCGUGAACCAUUUAGUUAGUGAAAUGGCGAUGUGUUUGGUUUGAGCUCUUUUAACUUAUUACUGAUCUUCUAAGCUAAUAUGGUAGCAUAAAGUCAAACAGUGUCCUCAUAUAUUUCAAAAUAUUUAUAAGACCAUGACUCUUUUUUCAUGUCCUUCAACAUUUGUUCAAGCAAACAUCUAUAGAAAGAGAACAUAGUUAUCAUCUCUAGGUCGUAGUUUACAACUGUCAUUUUAAAUAUCUGUCCAUGAGAGUCAAAAUUAUGCAUCUCUUUCAAGUAGUUCCAUUAUUUUGAAAAAUAUAGAUUAAAAACCUCCUCUUUUGGCAUGGUAGCUAUUGUAAGCAAAUAUUUUAAAAUAUAGUUAUGUAAAAGUAUACAGGACACUUUGGAUGAUUGUAAUGAAUAGGACAAUGGUUGUAUUCUAGUUCCUAAGUAUGGGGGGAUGGAUGAAUACUUUCUCGUCAAAUAUAAGUCUGGGUUGAAGACCAAAAAAAGUGUUUUGCUUAUCUUUAGUACUUUCCUUUGUGGAUAAUUACUCGUAAAAGGAAUAACAGUGGUUGCCUCUGGAUGGCAGAGCUGGAUAGUAGCAGGCGAUGGAAUAGGUGACCCACUUUGCCCUCUACAUUCUUUUUGUCUUUUUGAUUUUGAAAUAUUUCUACCUAUUCAAAAUCUAAAUCUUAACAUAUAAAAAUAUGUGAUAGUUUUGAUCAUGUGAAAAUAUUCAUGAUGAACACGGAAUCACAGAGGAAUAAGAUUCAGAUAUUUUAGCUGCUAUCACCUUGCGUUUAAAGGAAAAGAUUUCCUGACCUAGAGGAAAACCUAAGCUGUGGUUCCACACGGAGCCUCUGGGCGCCGCUGUCGGCCAGUGCAGGACAAGCGCUGAAGCCCAGGAUUCCUGAGCCUCUGGCUGAGAUUUCCUGCGCAGCCACCCACACAGAGAGAAGGAAGCCCGCUCACACACCCAGGCUCCUGGCCGCGCAGGCUCUGCUCAGCACAGACGCCUUCCCAGAUCCAGAACUGGCGGAGCGCUCCGCCUGUCCUUGGCGGUGAGCUCUAUCGGUGCGCUAGUGUGCACUUUCUCCAACCAGAAAGACCGGGCUCCAGCGAGACCUAGAGCGCGCAAUGGGAGGGAGCUGCACGCAGAGACGCCCGGCCAGCCGGCGCCAGGUACUGUUGCCCUUCCUGCUGCCUUUGUUAUACCCCGCGCUCUGCGAGCAGAUCCGCUACUCCAUUCCCGAGGAGCUGGCCAAGGGCUCGGUGGUAGGGACCCUCGCCAAGGACCUAGGGCUCGGUGUUCGGGACGUGUCUGCUCGCAAGCUGCGACUUAGCGCGGAGAAGCUGCUUUUCAGCGUAGACGCGGAGAGCGGGGACUUGCUUGUGAAGGACCGAAUAGACCGUGAGCAGAUAUGCAAAGAGAGAAGAAGAUGUGAAUUGCAGCUGGAGGCCGUGGUGGAAAAUCCUUUAAAUAUUUUUGAUAUCGUGGUGGUUAUUGAAGAUAUUAACGACCAUGCUCCUCAGUUCCAUAAAAAUGAAACACAUUUAGAAAUUAUUGAAUCUGUUAGCCCGGGAACGCGAACCAUUCUUGAGUCUGCAAAAGAUCCCGAUAUUAGUCUGAAUUCACUGAGCAAAUACCAACUAAGUCCUAACGAGUAUUUCUCGUUAGUAGUGAAAGACAAUCCUGAUGGUAGCAAAUAUCCAGAAUUGGUACUGAAGACGACCCUGGACAGAGAAACACAGAGCGCUCACCACUUGGUGCUAACAGCUGUGGACGGUGGGGAUCCGCCGCGAAGCGGCACCACUCAAAUCCGCAUCCUGGUGGUGGAUGCCAACGAUAACCCGCCCGUGUUCACCCAAGAUGUGUACAAGGUCCGUCUUCCGGAAGACGUGCCCCCAGGCACCUUCGUGCUGAAGGUCAGCGCUACUGACCUAGACGAAGGCGUCAACGCAGAGAUAACAUACUCGUUCCUUGGUGUGGGUGAUACUUCCAAGUACGAGUUCUCUCUGGAUUCUGCUACAGGAAACAUUAUAACUCAUCAAGCCUUGGAUUAUGAAGAUGUAGAAAGAUAUACCAUAGAUGUGGAAGCAAAGGACCGAGGAUCCCUCUCUACACAGUGUAAAGUCAUUAUAGAAGUUUUAGACGAGAAUGACAACAGCCCAGAAAUAAUCAUCACUUCUCUCUCAGAUCAGAUUUUGGAGGAUUCCCACCCAGGAAUGGUUGUGGCUCUCUUCAAAACACGGGACCGGGUCCGGAGAAAUGGAGAAGUCACUUGUAAUUUAAGUAGAGAUGUUCCGUUUAAAAUCCAUUCUUCUAAAAAAUACUACAAGUUAGUAACAGAUGGGACCCUGGACCGAGAGCAGACUCCGGAAUACAAUGUCACCAUCACAGCCACCGACAGGGGCAAGCCGCCCCUCUCCACCAGCACUACCAUCACUCUGCACAUCGCAGACGUCAACGACAACGCUCCGGUUUUCCAGCAGGCCUCCUACGAGGUCCACGUGGCGGAGAACAACCCGCCCGGCGCCUCCAUCGCGCAAGUGAGCGCUCGCGACCCCGACCUGGGGCCCAACGGCCACGUCUCCUACUCCCUCGUGGCCGGCGACCUGGAGCCGCGCGCGCUGGCGUCCUACGUGUCCGUGAGCGCGCAGAGCGGCGUGGUGUUCGCGCAGCGCGCCUUCGACCACGAGCAGCUGCGCGCCUUGGAGCUGACGCUGCAGGCCCGCGACCACGGCUCGCCCGCGCUCCGCGCCAACGUGAGCCUGCGCGUGCUGGUGGGCGACCGCAACGACAACGCGCCCAGGGUGCUGUACCCGGCGCUGGGGCCCGACGGCUCGGCGCUCUUCGACACGGUGCCGCGCGCCGCGCAGCCCGGCUACCUGGUGACCAAGGUGGUGGCGGUGGACGCGGACGCGGGGCACAACGCGUGGCUGUCGUACCACGUGCUGCAGGCCAGCGAGCCGGGCCUCUUCAGCCUGGGGCUGCGCACGGGCGAGGUGCGCACGGCGCGGGCCUUGGGCGAGCGGGACGCGGCCCGCCAGCGCCUGCUGGUCGCGGUGCGCGACGGGGGCCAGCCGCCCCUGUCGGCCACCGCCACGCUGCUCCUGGUGUUCGCGGACAGCCUGCAGGAGGCGCUGCCGGACCUGGGGGACGCUCCUGCCCCUUCGGACGCCCAGGCUGAGCUGCAGUUGUACCUGGUGGUGGCCUUGGCGCUGAUCUCGGUGCUCUUCCUGGUGGCGGUGAUCCUGGGGGUCGCCCUGCGCCUGAGACGCUCUUCCAGCCCGAGUGCUGGAGGCUGCUUUGGAUCUGCUCUUUGCUCUAAGUCUGGUCCUGAGAUUCCUCCCAUCUACACUGAGGGAACGUUGCCCUAUGCCUAUAAUUUAUGUGUGCCUGGGAAUCAAACUAAUCCAGAAUUUAAUUUUCUCACAUCUGCUGAACAUUGUCCAGCCACACAAGAUAUUCUCAACAAAGACAGCUCUGCAGGGCUAUUGGCGAGCAUUUUAACUCCUAGUGUUGAGGCAGAUAAGAACACUUUUAAACAGCAAGCCCCGCCCAACACGGACUGGCGUUUCUCUCAGGCCCAGAGACCCGGCACCAGCGGCUCCCAGAAUGGCGAUGAAACCGGCACCUGGCCCAACAACCAGUUUGACACGGAGAUGCUGCAAGCCAUGAUCUUGGCCUCUGCCAGCGAAGCCGCUGACGGGAGCUCCACCCUGGGAGGGGGCGCCGGCACCAUGGGCUUGAGUGCCCGCUACGGGCCCCAGUUCACCCUGCAGCACGUGCCCGACUACCGCCAGAACGUCUACGUCCCGGGCAGCAACGCCACUCUGACCAACGCGGCUGCCAAGCGAGACGCCAGGGCCCCGGCGGGUGGCAACGGCAACAAGAAGAAGUCGGGCAAGAAGGAGAAGAAGUAAGGCGGAGGCCAGGCCGGAGCCACAGGGCAGCCCCCUGCCAGCCAGCCCGGCCUCUCCCCGCCUGCGCCCAGGCCUGGGAUUUUCAGGGCUCACCCCCAGGAUGCUGGUAGGGGCCCAGGCCAUGCUCCCCUUGGGAAAGAAACAAGUGCCCAGUCAACACCCCCUUCUCUGCCCCCAGGGGAUCGAAUAUGCAAAGGGAGUUCUGCUGAGAACCCCCAACCAGUCGAUUGCUGUGCCCAUGGGGGUAGCGGGCUAGUGUAGACACCAUUUAUCACAUGCCCUGUAGUGACGGCUGAACCCCAUCUUCCAAAUUGAAUCAGGCCCAUCCAUUCUCUGCCUCCCACUCCCCCUGCCCCGGCCCCACCCCACCCCCUUCUCCACCUGCUCCAUUUUCCUGAGGAAGGGGCUGGGGUACUGAGGUACCUGGCGGCCUAAAAGGCUCCUGGUUCUGAAGAGCCAGAAGGGCGUCGUGACCCCUCGGCCUCUCCACCUUCCCCCAAAGCAUGGGCGAUGCCACAGCCCCUUCGCCUCCUUCCAGAACCUGAAACCAAGCUCAUGUUUUGGGAGACAUGGUCGCCACUCCUGUGGUACUGAUGCUUGCUGGAUUUAGGGAGGGCCUCUGCUCCCAUGCCUCUUCCCACAGCCUGGGGACCAGUUUUCGUCUUUCGCUGUUGGAUGUUCCCACUGCAUGCUGUGACCUCCCCUCCCCAACAAGAGACUCCAUUGCAUGUUCUAAGUGCGGGGUGGGAAGAUAGAGGCGGCGGGGCGUGCAGCGGAUGAGGGGAUGGGCAAAGCCCAACCCAGCAGUUAGCAGCGUCUUGCAGGAGGCUCUGUAUACCCACCCCCAGGGUACUAACCAGACCCCCCCAUUCCAGCCUGACGCCAGGCACCAGGCUGGACCCUCAUCUGCGGUAAACCAGGCAGCCAGCUUUGGGCUGAGCCACCAGCACCCGUGGUUGAGAGUGGCAUUACGGAAGGUCCAGGGAAGCUCUGAGCAGGUUUGGGACCAGGGCCCCUGGAGAGGUCAGAGGGGCCUCUGUGGGUGCUGGGUGCUCCAGAGGUGCUGCUGGUGGAAGGAUCGGUGCGGUCCCAGCAGGAAGGGAGGGCCGGCGAGGCCCUUUUUGGCCCCUGGCUGGGGGAGGCAAGGAGCUAGAGCAGGGACCAGGUGGACAAAAAGCGCCCGCCGGGGGUCAGGGCUUCGCCACAGGGCCCCCCCGCGUCCGCAGCCCCAGUCCUUCCCCGCCCAGGUGCCAUUUCUUCUCUGCGAAGGCCUCUGCCCAGGCCCCCAGUCCGCCCCUCGUGGCCAGAGCCCAGUUCAAGCCCCCCAGUGCCUCCUUGUGCAUAGACCCUCCCCCGCCCCCGGCCCGCCCAGUAGGUAGAGCCCCUUCCCUCGUCCGGCUGGUGUACAGUAGCCACUAGUGUAGUGCGGCGUGCUUCCCCGGGACGGCGAGCGGGCCGCGGGCGGCCGGCCCCGCGCCGCCGCCGGUCCCCGAAUCUGCCCGCAGCGGCCCGUGCUGUGUUUCGUGCUGUGUCCUCGCGCUGCGGCCACCCCCUCCCGCGUACUGACUCCUAUAAGCGCUUCUCUUGCAUAGUCACGUAGCCCCCACUCCCUUCCCAGGUCUCACGCAAGUUUUAUACUCUAAUAUUUAUAUGGCUUUUUUUUCUUUGAAAAAAAAUUAAACGGUUUCUUCUGAAA